AUGGCGACCAGUCGCAGCCUGCCUGAAAAGAAUUGGAGACCCAGAUCUGGAUCUCCACCAUCCACAUACACAUUUGCUGCCUAUACUUAUGUAAGGAAGGAUGCACGUGGUUUGAAGCUGCUGAGGUUUGAAGCUCAGCUGCUGGACGAGAACAACACCUGGCCUGUAGUGGCGCCGGAGAACGUGCGAGAGCUAUCGGUGCUGACAGCGGACAGUUUUCUGCGCUUGUCAAAGCUGGUGCAAGGAGUCCGUGCCUGCUUUAUCGAACACCCGCGGCAGGAUGCAGAGCAGGCCUUCGACAAGGUCUUCGCUCGCUACAGCACCAACGGUGUUAUCGAACGCCCGGUGGAGGCCUUCGUGGUCUGUUCUCGUGCGCCACAAACGAGUACAUUCCUGAGGUUACUCCGCAUCACGCUUGUGUUGAACUUCGCACGUGUGCUCUACGCGCAACCUACGCUUGGGGGCGACUUCUUGGAAAAGAAACCAACAGAAGUUGUGACGAAAGAUCUCGCUCCCGUCGUAAGGCUUGAGCCAAACAUCGGGACCCAAACGCUCAUUGUGCAGAGUUCACUGGAGUCGAGACCAGCGCAGCACCCUCAAGCAACGACUCCAUCUUCUGUGGCUCCUACUGCGGUGGCAGUCCAAUCCACGCCAGCGCUCCCUGAGAAGGUGCCCCUGGUCAAACUGGAAGCUCCAGCGCCUUCAGCUGCUCCUGCCCUUGAAGCAGUUGCGGCUCAGCCAGCGUUGCCGCACGAUCCCGCAGCCAUCGUUGCAGCACCAGCAGUGGUUUCGCCUGCAUUGGCCUCAGUAGCAUCAGCCCCUGCGGCUGUGACGGUCCCUGUUGUCACGGCCCCUGUUGUGACUGCCCCUGUUGCAGCGGCCCCUGUUGCAACGGCGCCUGUUGCAACGGCGCCUGCUGUGACAGCCCCUCUUGCAGCAGCCCGGGUUGCAACGGCGCCCGUUGCGACGAUGCCGGUGGCUGCAGCCCCGGUGGCAUCGCCCCCAGUCGCGCCAGCGCCAUCUUCUGCGGCACAGGCUCUUGUAACCACUGCGGCAGUCCCUCCGCCUGACAGGGAGAAAGCGUACUCUGCGCAGACCUGGAAUCCUUGGCGGGUUUGGCAAGAGCUCACCGCCCUUGAGUCCUUACUUGCGGGUCUAACAUUUGCCAGCAUGGUCAAGGCAAUGUGUAUGGCCGGGAACAUCCUGGUGCAAAUCAGCCCGUAUCCUCAGGUGAAGAGGUGGGAGAUUCGUGGCUGCACUGGCGAGUCAGAUGCAGCUCCAUACGUUUCAAUCGCUUUCGGUGGUUGGCAAUGGUGUUACUACGGCUUCUUUGCCUACUUCAUCACUACCCGCAGCGGCUUCCUCAUUCUGGUGCAUUCCAACUUCUUGGGGGCGAUCCUCGGGACCUAUUACAUCAUCACUUACUUCCGCAACUGUCGUAAUCCAGAGAUGCUCCAGAACUUGCAGAAGUACCUGGCUGCAGUAGUGGCCUUGAUCUUACUCCAAGUCUGUGCCCUGACCACGCUUCCAGUCGAGCGGGCUCUUUUCAUGACUGGCCUGGUAUCAUCUUUCUGCAGCUUUGUCGGAGCCAUCUCCAUGCUCUUCUGUCUGCCUGCGGUCAUUCGGUCGAAGGAUAGCAGGGCCAUACCUGGACCACUGGUCGUGGCCAACUUGGCAAGUGCGGUGGUUUGGUGCAUUUGUGGCCUCAUGCUCUCUGACCCGAUGAUCGCUGCUCCCAACGUUGUGUGCUGCCUGUCGUCCCUACUUUGCCUGUACUUGAAGCUCCUGUAUCCACAUCCUGAAGAGCCUGCACGCGAGGAUGCCAUGGACAUACCGAGGUUGAGGAAGACGACCUGGCAAAUUCGCGUUCCUCCAGUAUGCCCGAAGGUUUCGGACAAGUGCGUGCCUGUGGAGGGCCUCAAGGAGUACUGGCGACAACGUCUCGCCCGCUCUCCGGAUAACCAAAGCUACUUCCUGAAGAAUGAGUUGGCACGACUCUUCGAGCGUGUUGGCGUAGAGAUGCGCAGUGAGGAGGAGAAGCUCCUAGCACAAGGCCGUGAAUGGAUCGAGCGAAACUCAGACCGCCUGGCACAGUAUCGCAGUCAGACGGUCCCGCAGUUCCAGGACGUUCGGAGUUUCCGCGAUUUUCGACGGAAGGAUAAGUUGGACGCGCGCUUCGGGGUGGAGUGGCAGACUGCUGAAGUCCUGGAGGUGAAUUGGGAUGAAAUGACUGUGCUAGUGCAGACGACCCAGCCCAAUUCAGCAACUUGUCUCAGUCUUGGCGGAAUAGAGUGUGAAAUGAAUGUCUGGUGA